AUGCUGAAGAAUCUACAGAGGGUCAGCAGGGCUUCGGUGGGAGCAUCGCUGCGUGCUGUUACGCACACGCAGUGGGAUCACUGCCGUGUGACUCAGUCUCCAGCCCCGUCCCCUUUCCCGUGGACCUGGUAUUUUCAGCUGCUGCUUUUUUCAUUGAAGUACUGCUUUUCUUUCUUCUGGGUUGCCAUUACUAACAGCCCUCCUCUGUGCUGCAUUCUUCCAGGUGACAGUGGAAAACCCAAGGCCACAGAACCCGCCUCGUCUGAGCCAGGCUUGUGCCAGGGACCCUGCCUUCAUGGACAGUUGUCACUUGGAGCCACUCGGACCUCUGCGUGGACACAAGCCCCUGGUCAGGGUGGCCCUUCAGCCAGGCAGGACGGACUCGUGAGAUCAGGGGUACAGGCCCUGAGGGAGAGGCUUCCUGGGACAGUGAGCUCCGGCCCUGGACAUGUGGGGACAGAUGACAGCUUGUGUCCUGGGACUGUGGAAGAACAGGUCCCUGCACAAGAUGCUAUGCUGGACUGUGCAGCGUGCAGCCCUGGGAGAGAUGCCCUGACCGAGGGGGAAGAGGAAAAUGCCUUCAUGUGCGGUGAGUGUGGGAAGGUGUUUAAUAAGAAACGCCUUCUCGCUCGACAUGAGAGGGUCCACUCUGGAGUGAAGCCCUACGAGUGCACUGAGUGUGGGAAGACCUUCAGCAAGAGCACCUACCUCCUGCAGCACCACAUGGUCCACACGGGGGAGAAGCCGUAUAAGUGCAUGGAGUGCGGCAAGGCCUUCAACCGCAAAUCACACCUCACCCAGCACCAGCGCAUCCACAGUGGGGAGAAGCCCUACAAGUGCAGUGAGUGUGGCAAGGCCUUCACCCACCGCUCCACGUUUGUCUUGCAUAACAGGAGUCACACUGGAGAGAAGCCGUUUGUGUGCAAAGAGUGUGGCAAAGCCUUUCGGGAUAGGCCAGGGUUUAUUCGCCACUACAUUAUCCACAGUGGGGAGAACCCCUAUGAGUGCUUUGAGUGUGGGAAGGUCUUCAAGCACAGGUCGUACCUCAUGUGGCACCAGCAGACCCACACGGGUGAGAAGCCCUACGAGUGCAGCGAGUGUGGAAAGGCCUUCUGUGAGAGCGCGGCGCUCAUCCACCACUAUGUCAUCCACACCGGGGAGAAGCCCUUCGAGUGCCUGGAGUGCGGCAAGGCCUUCAACCACAGGUCUUACCUCAAGAGGCACCAGCGCAUCCACACCGGCGAGAAGCCCUACGUCUGCGGCGAGUGCGGGAAGGCCUUCACUCACUGCUCCACCUUCAUCUUGCACAAAAGGGCCCACACUGGAGAAAAACCCUUCGAGUGCAAAGAGUGUGGGAAAGCCUUCAGCAACCGGGCAGACCUCAUCCGCCACUUCAGCAUCCACACGGGGGAGAAGCCCUAUGAGUGCACGGAGUGUGGCAAGGCCUUCAACCGCAGGUCCGGCCUUACGCGACACCAGCGGAUCCACAGUGGGGAGAAGCCCUACGAGUGUGUCGAGUGUGGGAAGACCUUCUGUUGGAGCACGAACCUCAUCCGCCACUCCAUCAUCCACACAGGAGAGAAGCCCUAUGAGUGCAGUGACUGUGGAAAGGCCUUCAGCCGCAGCUCCUCGCUUACCCACCAUCAAAGGAUGCACACGGGAAGAAACGCAGCCGGUGCUGCAGAGGAGGGACAGCCUUUCACAAGUGCACAAGCCCCUGUCAACAUCCAGGAACUUCUCCUGGGGAAUGACUUUUUGAACGUACCCAGCGAAGAAAAUCUUUUACAGGAGGAAGCAUCUUACAUGGCGCCUGACCAUUCCUGCCAAAGAGAAAGCCCCCAGAUGCCUUCACUGUGAGAAAGCUGUUCACAGAGUGCUGUUGCCUUCUGAAGACUCAUGUUAGAGAUGGACCCAACUUAGAGCAUUAUGCUUUGUCUGCGAUGUCAUCCAGGAGAGAGACCCAGUGGGCAUUUUGCACUGAGGGAAAUUUUUAGCUACAUUUUCUUCCCCAAUUUACAGUGCAGUGGUAUCUCAGGAAUUUUCAUUAAAAGGAAGUGACAGAAAAGACAUGAAAUAGAAGCAGUGCUUUGUUUACACUACCCUGUCAGAUCUGUGGCACUCAUUCGUCCUUGGAUUUUUUAGUGUAUUUGGUGGAAAGGAUUGUGGUUUAAGAGCUAAAGAACCUUGACUCUCUGUGUGCAUUGUGUAUAUGUUCAUUGCUGUCCAAUGUCAAGUGUAGAAAUACACUGAAUAUCUUCAUUGUUCUACCUAUUACUCUUGCACACUGCAGUUUUAUGAAAAAUAUGAAGACUUGAGUUCUGAAAUCCUUUUGUAUUUAAAGAGAGAAGGGAAAACAGGUGUAUGUAUGUGCGGUCGGGAAAUUGAAUCCAAGAUCAUGAGCAUGUUAGGCAUGCGCUGUACAACUGGGCUACAUUUGCAGCACCAGAAAGUGUAAGUGAACAGGCACUUGUUUGGUAUCACUUAAAGCUAAGUCUUCGCUUUUUUUUGAAACAAAAGUCUUACGUGGUUUUAUACACCAGUCAAAAUUUUUCUUGAUUCCCAGCUGUUGGUUUACUUGAAUACUAUAGCUAUACAGUAAAUGUUAAAAUUGAGUCAAGUGACUCCUUUUUACUCGUAUUUAAAAUUAAUCAGCACUCAUGUUUUUCAUUUUCCAUAUACACUUUAGGUUUUCCUCUUUUCUAAUGAACUCUGGCUCAGCUGCUGAUACAAUUUGAGUUAAAUCGGUAUAUCAUUUGGUUGAGAAUUGGUUUCUUUCCUGUGAUGAGUCUUCCAGUUCAUGAACGUGAUGCAUCUUUUCAUUCAAGAAUUCCUUGAUUUAUUCCAUUACUGUUCUAUAAUGUACAGCAUAAGCAUUUGUACAUUUUAAAUAAGAUGUCUUUUAGUGAUUAUAAAUGGUAUUGAUUCUAAAACUUUCAAUUUGCACAUGGUGUUUGUUAGUAUACAAAAAUGUAAUUACUUAUGGCUAUUGCUUUAGUAUCCUCCAACUUGAAUGAAGUCACUAUUUCUAGCCUUUCUUUGUUAUUAUAUAAUCCUUGGGAUUUUAAACAUAGGCAUGUCAUCUGCAAAUAGUUUUAUUUCUUUUUAUCUGUAUACUUUUUAUAGAACUUUCCUUUUAACCACCAAGUUCUGUCCUGCAACUAGGUCAUUAAAUGAAUUGGUCGCUAAAACUACAGCACUAUAUUGUACAGUACAAUCAGUAAAAGCUACAGUACUAUAUAAGCAAGAUGUACUGUACAAAGAAAAAACAUUGAGACUCUGUAAACAAGAUAUACAGAAGUAUGCAAAGAAAAAAAGGAUCCUUAAGUAUGAGCAAUGGGUCGCAAGUGCAAACAGUCAUUAAACAUGUAUGCCGUUAAA